AUGGCUCCAAGAGCUUUCCUUUUUCUUGCUCUAGCUUUUUCUGUUGUCCUUCUCAUUACCUCCGAAGUGGUUGCAGCUAAGGAGUUGGCUGCAGGUGAGAUUAACGAUAGUGGACGUGGUGGAUACAGCGGAGGUGGUGGACGUGGAGGGAAUGACAAUGGUGGUGGCCGUGGAGGGAAUGACAAUGGCGGUGGACGUGGAGGAAAUGACAAUGGUGGUGGACGUGGAGGACAUGACAAUGGCGGUGGCCGCGGAGGAAAUGACAAUGGCGGUGGACGUGGAGGACAUGACAAUGGCGGUGGACGAGGAGGGAACAACAACGGUGGAGGAAACAGAGGUUGCAGGCAUGGCUGCUGCGGUGGUGGACGUUCCUACGGAAGAAGAGGGUGCAGGUGUUGCAGCACAUUUGCAGAGGCGACUACUUACAAACAAACUCAAAACUAA